CGCGACACGCCGCAGGAUGGCCGCCGCCGCCGCCUUUGCAGCGCCCCCGUGGCCUCCUCCCGGCUCCACUCGUGGCCGGCGGGUGCCACAGGGUCCGCAGCAGGCUGCCAGCAGGCCCGAGCGGUGGCUCGCGACGCGACUCGGCUGCGCCGCCUCCUCGCCGCCGAGUGCUGCGAGCGUCGAGCGAGUCGCCGGCUGUGACUUCACCCGGCAGAGCCUCGACGACUGCUCGGUGCGGAGUGUACUGUUGCGAGGCGCCGCUGGGCGGCGGCGCGCGGCUCCUCGCUGCUUCGGCGCGCCGCGCUGGCGCUCUGCGGCGGACGGUGCCGUUGGCUCGCCGUUGCCUCGCUCGUGGACGUCCCAUUGAAGCACGCGGUGCGGCGCCUCUCGGCGCUCGUCAUCGCGCGCAUGGCCGUGGCGCCGCGUCCAGGCGGCAAGCGCACCGUGCCAUGCCUGCGGCGGCAAGCGCACCGUGCCAUGCCUGCGGUGGCGCUGCCACCGACAGCGCCACCAACACUCACGUACCGUGAGGAAACGCCGCCGCGUCGCGUGCGUGGCGCGGCUAUCACUAGCGGCCGGCGCUCGUCGGGUGAUGGUGUCGCGGGCCGGCGCUCCAGUGUCGAGACGCAGCCUCGCGGGAAGCAUCCGGACGCGCAGUUGCAAGGCCCAAGGCGCAACCUCUCCCCAGACGUGGAGGCUGUCGUUCGGCGCGGUACUCUCGUGGCCCAGACCCCAGACGGUUCGUGCCUCUUCAAUUCCUUCGCGUACUGCGAGCAGCAAGACGCUGGGUGGCUCUUUGGAGCGGCGACGCCCGCCAGCAUUCGGCGUCAAUGUGCCGAGUGGCUGCAGGAGCACGGCAACUAUGUGCACAACGGGCUGCGCAUCGCCAAGUGGAUCGAGCAUGAAUGUGGCCAGCAACUGUCGGUCAAGGACUACGCGUUGCAAAUGCAGCGGUGCCGAGGCCGUGUUUGCUGGGGCGGCGCGCUCGAGAUCCUCGCCUACUCGCGGUUGCGCUCCGUGAACGUUGCGGUGUGGAUACCGACCGAUGGCAGGCCCAAGCACUUCACGCUCACCUCGCGCUUCGAGCCGGUCACGGGCGGGCAAGAGCGAGAGCGGCGGUCGGCGGCGGCCGCCAGGAAGAAGGAGGAGGAGGCGCAGAGCCAGAGGCUGCAGUGCGCCUUUGCUCGCACAGCAGACGGGUCGCGAGCCGGGAAAUCGCAGCAGUCUCGCUGA